AUGAGCCACUACUUGGAUUUGAGCCUGCGUGAUGGGCGACCAGCUCCAUAUCCUAUUCUAAUGAGGCAGCCCGUUUGGGAGCCCUUACACCAGUUGGCUUUCCGAACGUAUCAUCACAUUGCUGUUUCUGGUCGCUUUGAUGCUAUCUAUGUGGGUGAAGUUAUUGAGGACUGGAGCGAGAGCGAGUCGAGGGACCCCAUCAUCGUUUCGAGCAGUCUGCUGCGACAAAACUAUGGUGAAAGUCCGUUGUCCGUUCACCGUAUACUGGACCUACUCCAGGAAUGGACGGGUGUUUCCCAAAUUUUUACUCGCAAUCUCUAUCAGAACCGCCGUAACGACGUGAUUCUGAUUACGAGCGUUGGUACUGCCGCCGCACGGCAGCGUUUAGCUCGUCUUUUGCUCCUUCCUAUUGAGCAACUGCGGCGCGCCAUUCGUGAUGAGAUCAUGCCGAUGUCCAUCCGUGACGAAAUCUUGUGA